AUGGACUUUGGACAAAACGCAAACCCAGAGCUGGAUAAACAAAUCCCAACCUAUCAUGUAGCGCCAAACUUCUCCAUCCUCCCCUCUCCCCAAGGCAAGCUCCAUCUUGGAACGCUUGUCAACAACCUCAAGGACUACGAUCCCAUCAACUUCGGCAUCCACAACCGGGUUCCCAUUGCCGAUGAGCGACGCACCCUCGUCGACAAGGGAGAAGUCGAUUUCGCCAAGCGGCGCUCUUGGGGUGGCUAUGGACGCAUCCUUACCAAGGUGCUUCAUGCCAUUCGUAGCAAGGUCAGCGCCCAAAAAGAAGACUACAGUUCUUCGGUUUGGAGAAUGGACGCACUGGAGACAAUCGAAUUCACCCCGCCACCCAGCUACUACAGUAAAUGCCUUCAGCUCGACGAUGUCAAGGCCUUUCAGAACCUGAACGACCACAAAGACUCCCUGUAUCUUAUCACGGGACUGAAGACUGCGCGCGGUGCAACUAUGGCUACGAUGCGCAGCCGCCACAAGGGGGCCAAUGCAGGGGCCAGCAUCCAAGGACCCGAAGGGCCCAUCGACCUGGAAAUUGGGGGCCACGCUGGCGCAUUCUCUGGCGCCGACGUUUUUUCUUCAUUUUCUGAACCGGUCGACUUUGUCAUUGGCAUCUAA